UUGAAAGCAGCAAUACUAAUCCAGAAAUGGUACAGGCGAUAUUUGGCUCGUCUGGAAGCACGGCGAAAAGCCACUUGGAAUAUCUUCACGGCGUUAGAAUAUGCUGGUGAACAAGAUCAAUUAAAGGAACUACGCGUAAUUUUAGCUGAACGUGAACGGGAGUUUGAGAGAGAAUUAUUGGAGUCUACAAAUCCUGACCUGUUGACAGUUGAGAAGUCUUAUAAGGGUCCUGUGAUAACCCUUCCGUUAAGAAGGUCGCAAGUGGAUGCCAUGAUUGAGGCGUUCAAACAAAAUAAGAUAAUACAUGUGAAGUAUUUGCUGAUGAUUUUGCACGAAGCUCGAAAAAUCUUUAAAACACUGCCUUCGGUUGUACACACAUCCACCAAACUGUCUAAGCAAAUAACUGUUUGCGGAGAUCUACAUGGCAAAUUUGACGAUUUGUCAAUCAUCAUAUACAAAAAUGGGUAUCCUUCUGUUGAUAAUCCUUACAUCUUCAACGGUGAUUUUGUCGAUCGUGGACCACGAAGUAUUGAGGUGUUUGCAUUACUUUGCGCUUUCGUUGUACUUGAUCCAUCGGCUGUAAUACUAAACAGAGGGAACCAUGAAGACCAUAUCAUGAAUUUAAGAUAUGGCUUUAUUGCCGAGAUUAUCGAGAAAUACAAGAAUCACUCAUCGUUGAUAGCACGCCUUUUGGCAGACAUUUUUUCUUGGCUUCCAAUCGCAACCGUUAUCGAUAAUGAAAUUUUUGUGGCUCACGGUGGUAUUUCGGAUGAAACCGAUGUUGCCAAAAUUAGCAAUAUUCAGAGGAAUCGGUACGUGUCGUUACUAAGACCACCACCAGUUGACCGCCGUGACUAUGGGAUGAAAAAAGGAAGUCUAGACGAAUGGCAGAGCUUAUCAGAUAUUUUGUGGAGUGAUCCAAAACAGCAGAAAGGAUGCUGGCCAAAUGCGUUUCGUGGUGGCGGUUCGUAUUUCGGGCCUGACGUAACAGAAGUAUUUUUAAAGCGUCAUAAUUUUCGAAUGGUGGUACGGUCUCAUGAAUGCAAAUAUGAAGGAUAUGAGUAUACACAUAACAAUCGAGUGCUUACUAUUUUUUCCGCUUCAAACUACUACGAGGAGGGGAGUAAUCGUGGAGCAUAUGUGAAAUUUGUUUCUGGGCACCUAGAACCUCAUAUUGUGCAGUAUCGUGCAACCAAAUUACAAAGACGGGCAACACUUCGAGAGAGAGUAAGUAUUGUUGAAAAAUCGGCCAUAAGAGAUCUCCGAGAAAAGCUGGCACUGUACAACACUGAAUUGCAAAAUGAGUAUUCUAAAAUGGAUCCGAUGCGCACAGGAAAAAUUUCAAUUCAUAAGUGGUGUGAAUGUGUAAAACGAGUUAUGGGUCUUAACCUACCUUGGAGAGCUUUAGCAAAUCGUCUUGUAACGCUUGCCGAUGAUGGCACCAACGUUUUGUACUCUGUACAUCCGAAUGUCACUACUUUUGAUAAGAACUUCAAAAAGGCUGAAAAGAGUGGUGGUGACGUCGUUGAAACACUAUACAGACAUAAAAGUACACUAGAAACGUUGUUCCGCUUCAUGGACAAGGACAACUCCGGCUUGGUGUCAAUGAACGAAUUUAUAAACGCUUGUAGCGUCCUAAGCCAAUAUAUCAGCACGCCAUUGUCAACUCCCUUUAUAACUGAUAUUGCUAAAAGUAUUGACUUCAACAAGGACGGAUUUAUUGAUCUCAAUGAACUUCUAGAAGCAUUUCGACUCGCUGAUCAGUCCAGAUAG